ACCCUCUAACUAAGACACAACACAAAAACCCCCCCAACACUCAUUAACUCAACUACUCUGCUAGCUCUCUCUCCUCCCAUAACAGAAAAAAAAGAUGGUUGAGACGGUUAAACACCUGAUCGGGUCCGGUGGCCCCAGCGGAUUCGGAUCAAGAUCCACGGCGGAUCAUGUCACUGCCAACUCUGAUCUCCGUUCUCUUACUGCCAUCAUCACUGGGGCGACGUCCGGGAUAGGAGCGGAGACGGCGCGUGUUCUGGCAAAGCGUGGGGCGAGGCUAGUGCUUCCGGCUCGGAGUAUCAAAACCGCCGAGGAAACGAAGGGUCGGAUACAGUCGGAGUUUCCGGAGUCGGAGAUCAUCGUUAUGCAUCUCGAUCUCAGCUCCCUCGCCUCUGUUCGUCGAUUCGUAGCCGACUUCGAAUCUCUUAAUCUCCCACUCAACAUCCUCAUAAACAAUGCCGGGAAAUACGCGCACAAGCACGCCAUCUCUGAGGACGGUGUGGAGAUGACCUUCGCCACUAAUUAUCUCGGCCAUUUUCUGCUGACGAAACUAUUGUUGAAGAAGAUGAUUGAAACGGCGGCACUCACCGGCGUUCAAGGCCGUAUCGUCAACGUCACGUCCGUCAUCCAUAGCUGGUUUUCCGGUGAUAUGUUGCAUUAUCUCGCCGAUAUUUCCCGCAACUACAGGAGUUACGACGCGACUCGAGCUUACGCUCUCUCUAAGCUAGCCAACGUGCUCCACACUCUUGAGCUCUCCCGUCUUCUCCAUAAAAUGGAUGCUAAUGUGACGGCCAAUUGUGUUCAUCCCGGUAUCGUGAGAACCCGCCUCACAAGAGACCGAGAUGGCUUCGUCACAGAUUUAGUGUUUUUCUUGACCUCCAAGCUUUUGAAGUCUGUUCCUCAGGCGGCAGCUACGACAUGUUACGUGGCCACAAGUCCGAGAUUGGAGAACGUGUCUGGCAAGUAUUUCUCAGACUGCAACGAAGCCCGGACAUCUAAAUCCGGAUCAUGCAAUCUUAAAGCUCAAAGGCUAUGGACUGCUUCUGAGUUGUUGGUUGCUCAAGCUUCCACUUCUCCCUGAUGCUACCUUUUUAACCAACAACCAUCCCAAUUCCUAUAUCAUAUGUGUAUAUCUCCAAGCCCUUUAAUUAAUAUAUGUCGUCCUAUAUAUACAUCUAGAUAGCAAUAUAUAUAAAAUACUAGAUGAGUAUAAUGGGCCAAAACCAUAAGUUCCGUUUGUGUGUGUAGGUGUGCAUAUAUAUGUAUAUGUGGUUGUGAUAUGUCCCGACAUGUACAAAUCUAUUAGUUUAUAGGGUUUUGUAAUCCUAGCUAGCUAGCUAGGUCCUUGUUAUGUAAUAGCUAGGUCCUUGUUAUGUAAUCUAUAUACAUCAAUCAAAAAGAC